CAAACGAAACGAUCAAAAUUUUUGCAGCAAAUGCAACAAUUCAAUUUUUGAGAAUUUUUAUUUGAUUUACAACUCAAUAUAUUUGAUAAAAACUAGAUACAGACUUAGACAUUUAUUACAGCUAAAACAAUUUUUGGUAAUUUCUACUGACAACCAAAAAUGAGAAAUGCGCUUAUAUGAGUAGCAUACCGAGCACAGUAAAAUCCCUUACCACACUAAUUUGCCAAUUUUUUUCGUACUCUUUUACAACACUAAAUAACAUUCGGCAAAUAAUAAGAAAAACCAACAAGAAAAUCGUCGGGCAGGGCAGGCGGCAUUUAUAAUUUAUUAAAUUUGUAUAUAUAAUUAAGAAAACGUACAGCAUUCUUAUGAGUAUGGCUGACGGCGACAAUGCAGUCCCGAUUAGUGGAGAAGCGAAGCCAACGGCCGGAAUGCAGAUCAUACCGGGAGAGCUGGUGGCGUCAAUUGAGGAAAUCGUGAUGAUUGAUCCCGAAUGCUAUGAACUGGAUCUGAAUCAUCGUCGUAUCGAUAAGCUCGAAAAUUUCGAGCCGUUGAAACAGAUCGAACGAUUGUAUCUGCGAUGGAACCUCAUCAAAAAGAUCGAAAACCUGGACAUGCUAAAAACCCUGGUGGAGCUGGAACUGUAUGAUAACCAGAUCACAAAAAUUGAGAAUUUAGAUAAGUUAGUCAAUUUGGAAAUACUCGACCUCAGCUUCAAUCGUCUGACCAAAAUCGAGAAUUUGGACAAGCUGGUAAAACUAGAGAAACUCUACUUUGUGGCCAACAAACUAACUGUCAUCGAGAACUUGGGCAUGUUGACCAAUCUGACAAUGCUGGAGCUGGGCGACAACAAGCUGAAGAAAAUUGAGAACAUCGAGACAUUGGUAAAUCUGCGUCAGCUAUUUCUGGGCAAGAACAAAAUCGCAAAGAUUGAAAAUCUAGAUACGCUAGUCAACCUGGAGAUACUGAGUCUGCAGGCAAAUCGUAUUGUCAAAAUCGAGAAUUUGGAGAAGCUGACCAAUCUGAAGGAGCUGUACAUAUCAGAGAAUGGCAUCGAGACCAUUGAGAAUCUGUCCGAGAACAAGUGUCUGGACACACUCGACUUGGCCAAAAACAGAUUGAAGGUUAUUGCCAACCUGGAGGCGCUGCAGCAGCUCGAAGAGCUCUGGUUAAACGACAAUGGGAUCGACAACUGGAAAAAUCUCGAGGUACUGAAGGUCAACAAAGCCUUGCAGACGAUCUACCUGGAACAUAAUCCCGUGGCCACAGAUGUCCGCUAUCGCUCCAAGCUACGCGACAUUCUUCCCCAGUUACAGAAAAUAGAUGCCACCCUCUGCGUGCUGCCGGGCCAACAUGCGUAACGUCCUGGCACAUGGCAAUUAUCGAAUCCAAUGAUUAUAUUAUACACCUAAAACUUACAAUAUAUAUUCAAAAUGUUACAAGUAA